GAAAUACGCGUCAUUCAUCAAAGAAUUCUCUUUUAUCUGCUAUAAACAUCGAGGAGCUAAAUUAUUUAAUCAAAUCCCACGUUCUGCCAUUGAUUAAGCCAAACAAUCUGCCCAGCAGGAGACUUUCACCUCCUUCUUCUUCCAUCUCCCUCUCUCUUCAACUCCGCUGCCGGCUCCCCUCUACGCUAUUUGGUACAUUUCUGUCUUCUUCAAAGUUGGGAUUUUGUUUCACUCUAUUCUUCGCGAUCGAUUCAGUUCUAUCGUAAAAUUCUUAUUUUGCAGCAGUGUAACGCUUUUAUACCUCUCGAUCGCUGUAGUUUAUUCUUAAAAGAUCCGUUUUUGUAUUCACUGUAACGCUCCUAUUCUUCUCGAAUCCUUUAGUUCAAUCUUAAAACCUCUGUUUUUUAACCAUUAAUGCUCGUAUUAAUCUCGCUCGGUCCAUUUUUUAGCUAGAGAUCUACUUUAAUUCACCUGCAUUCGCAAAAUUCCAAUCGAUCUCUCCAACGUGAGCAGAUCGACUCACCAAAACCGUCAAUGAAGACGCCGCCGCCACUCCUCCCCUUCUUCCUUUCCCUCCUCUUCUCCUCCGCCAUCUGCGCUGCCGUCGCCGCCGACUCCGGCGGCAGCGCAGUCAACUCCCCCUUUGUCCCCCGCGACUACAUCCUCCUCGACUGCGGCGAAUCUGGCCAGCACACAGACUCCAACAACCGUACAUGGGACGGCGACGCCGGCUCCAAGUACUCCCCUCCGUCACAAAACUUCAUCAGCUCCACAGCUUCAGAUCAGGAUUCCUCCGUUCCUCAAUACCCUUACCUCACCGCCCGCCUCUUCACCUCCCCCUACACCUACUCCUUCCCCCUCGGCCCCGGCCGCAAGUUCCUCCGCCUCUACUUCUACCCUUCCAACUACUCCGGCCACGCCGCUUCUUCCGCCAUCUUCUCCGUCACCGCCGGCCCAAUCACCCUCCUGCAAAAUUUCUCCGCUUAUCAAACCGCCCAAGCUCUCAACUUUGUUUACCUUAUCCAAGAAUACUCCCUCAAUGUCUCAUCUCCCACCCUCAAUCUCACCUUUACUCCUUCAAACAACUAUACAAACUCCUUUGCUUUCAUCAAUGGUAUUGAAAUCGUCUCGAUGCCCGACAUCUUCUCUACACCCACUCCCCUGUUGGUCACCGGUAGCAGUUCUUCAACUCAGUUCCCAAUCGUGGGUGAUUGGGCGAUGCAGACGGUUUAUCGUCUCAACGUCGGCGGUCAGGCGAUAUCUCCGACGGCGGAUUCCGGCUUGUUUCGCUCUUGGGCAGACGAUUCACCUUACAUCAAUGGAGCUGGAUUUGGCGUAACUUACUCUGCGGAUCCAAAUGUUACAAUUGAGUACUCAAACACCCUCCCUGAGUACAUAGCUCCUGUUGAUGUGUACUCAACGGCGAGGUCAAUGGGACCUUCUGCUACAAUCAAUCUGAACUACAACUUGAGCUGGAUUUUGUCUGUUGACGCUGGGUUCUUCUACCUCGUUCGACUUCACUUCUGUGAAAUUCAGUACCCAAUCACGAAGAUUAACCAGAGGGUUUUUAAUAUCUAUCUUAACAAUCAAACUGCACAAGUAGGAGCUGAUGUUAUUGGUUGGAGUGGUGGGAUUGGCAAGCCAGUUCAUGAAGAUUAUGUUGUGAUCACGUCAGGCUCUGGAAUGGUGGAUUUAUGGCUUGCUCUUCACCCAAAUACUCAAUCAAAAUCUCAGUUUUACGAUUCAAUCUUGAAUGGAAUUGAAGUUUUUAAACUGCAGAAUACUAACAACAGUCUUGCUGGGCCGAAUCCUGACUUUCUGCCACAGCCAGAUGUUGAACUUGAUAGAAUUUUGGUUAAAAAGGACUCCUCCAAGUCUAGCAAGAUUCCUGGGAUUGUUGGUGGUGUGAUUGGUUCUGUAGCUUUCCUUGCAAUUUGUUACUUUGCACUUGUGAUUUGCCGUCGAACGAAGAAGAAGGAAGGAAAGGAUUCUAGUGCCAGCGAUGGCUUCUCAGGCUGGCUUCCCAUUUCAUUAUAUGGAAACUCUCACUCAGCUGGAUCAGCAAAGACAAACACAACUGGAAGCUACACUGCCUCCCUCCCAUCCAACCUUUGUCGCCAUUUCUCCUUUUCUGAGAUCAAAGCAGCCACAAAUGGAUUUGAUGAGGAGCUUCUACUUGGUGUAGGGGGCUUUGGAAAGGUUUACAAAGGAGAGAUUGAUGAUGGAACAAAAGUCGCGAUAAAGCGAGGGAACCCAAUGUCAGGCCAAGGUGUUCAUGAAUUCCAAACUGAGAUUGAGAUGCUCUCAAAGCUCAGACAUCGACAUUUAGUAUCUUUGAUCGGUUACUGCGAGGAGAACCAGGAGAUGAUCCUUGUCUAUGACUACAUGGCCCAUGGAACCUUUCGAGAGCACCUUUAUAAGACUCAAAAGCCGCCAUUGCCGUGGAAAGAGCGGUUGGGUAUCUGUAUCGGCGCGGCCCGUGGGCUACAUUACCUCCACACCGGCGCCAAGCACACCAUCAUCCAUCGAGAUGUGAAGACUACCAACAUUUUGCUUGAUGAAAAAUGGGUUGCUAAAGUUUCAGAUUUUGGUUUGUCAAAGACAGGUCCUACUCUUGAUAACACUCAUGUGAGCACAGUGGUGAAGGGUAGCUUUGGGUAUCUUGAUCCUGAGUACUUUAGAAGGCAGCAACUUACAGAUAAAUCUGAUGUUUAUUCAUUUGGUGUUGUGUUAUUUGAGGCUCUCUGUGCAAGGCCUGUGCUGAACCCAAGUCUGCCUAAGGAACAAGUUAGUCUUGCUGAAUGGGCAAGGCAUUGCCAAAAGAAGGGAAUUCUUGAUCAAAUAAUGGAUCCAUAUCUCAAGGGAAAGAUUGCUCCAGAAUGCUUUAAGAAGUUUGCGGAGACGGCGGAGAAGUGCGUGUCGGAUAACAGCAUAGAUCGACCGGCCAUGGGGGAUGUGCUGUGGAACCUCGAGUUUGCGCUGCAGAUGCAGGAGAGUGCUGAGGAGAGCAAUGGAGAAUUGAUGAGUUGUGGAAUGUCUGAUGGAGAAGCAACACCACUCAUGGUGGGUGGUGGGAAGAAGGUUGUGGAUGAUCCAGUAAUGGAUACUUCGAUGACAACGACGACAACAAUGACAUCCAGUGCAGUGAGCAUUGGCGGUCGGAGCGUCAAUAGUGAGGAUUCCGACGGACUCACGCCGAGUGCCGUCUUCUCUCAGAUCAUGAAUCCUAAGGGCAGGUGAGAAUCAUUGAUGUUUGUUUCUUUGCUUGUUUAAUUUCAAUUCAGAAAUCUAAGGUUUCGUUUGGGAUGAAUUUCUUCCUGCUUCUUAAAGCAGCUUUCUAGUAAAAGAAUUAAAAAUUUUAUACUGAAAAGCCGUUUUACGAAGCAGUAAGAAAGCCGUCACAAACGAAACCUAAGUCUAGCUUUCUUGUAUCACCCAUUUCUUUCUUAGUUCUUACUAUCAUCCAUCCAUUAUUUGAAAGUUGCAUGAAGAAAACCUGCAACAUGUAUAUGAGAAUGUAACAGACAUUUGAAAGUGUUUUGGUUGUGAUUUGAGUUUAUGCUUAUGGAAAGCAUCAAUGGUUACCUCUUCUUUCACUA